GUGAGAACAGUGACAACAGUGACAACGGUGACAACAGUGACGACGGUGACAACUGUGACAACGGGGACAACGGUGACAACAGUCACAACGGUGACAACGGUGACCACUUUGAAAACAGUGACAACCGUGACAACGGUAAAAACAGUGACUUGGUUAACAACAGUGACAACGAUGAGAACAGUGACAAUGGUGAAAACGGUGACAACGGUAACAAGUGUCUCAACACUGACAACGAUGACAACAGUGACAACGGUGACAACGAUGACAACAGUGACAACGGUAACAACGUUGACAACGGUGACAACUGUGACAACAGUGGCAACCGUGACAACGGUGACAACGGUGACAACGGUGACAACAGUGACAACGGUGACAACAGUGAGAACAGUGACAACGGUAAAACUAUCCUAUAGUGACAAAAAUGACAACAGUGACAACGUGACAAUGGUGACAACCGUGACAAUUGUGACAACGGUGACAACAGUGACAACAGUGACAAGAGUGACAACAAUGGCAACGGUAACAACUCUCACAACACUGACAACGAUGACAAAAGUGACAACGGUGAAAGCGAUGACCACAGUGACAACGGUGACAAGGUGACAACUGUGACAACAGUGACAACAGUGACAACGGUGACAACGAUUACAAUAGUGACAAGGGUGACAACGGUGACAACUGUGACAUCAGUGAAAACAGUAACGACGGUGAGAACAGUGGCAGUGAUAACAAUAGCUAAAACAGUGACAAUGGUGACAAAUGUAAGAAUGGUGCCAAUGGUGACAACGAUGACAACAAUGACAACCGUGACAACCGUGACAAGGGUGACAACAGUGAACAACGGUGAAAACGGUGACAAGGGUGACAACUGUUCAACAGUGACAACGAUAAGAAGUUACUGACGACGGUGUCAACAGUGAAAACAGUGACAAUGGUGACAUCAGUGACAACUGUGACAAUGGUGACAAUGGUGAAAAAAAGUCACAACGGUGACAACGGUGACAACUGUGAAAACACUGACAAGGAUGACAAUAGUGACAAUGGUGACAACGAUGACAAUGGUGACAAGGUGACAACUGUAACAACAGCAAAAACCAUGACAGUGUUGAAAACUGCGACAACUGUGACAACGAUAAGAACAGUGACAACGGUGUGAACAGUGACAACAGUGACAAUGGUGAAAACAGUGACAACUGUGACAAUGGUGACAACGGUGACAACUGUGACAACUGUGACAAUGAUAAGAACAGUUACAACGGUAACAAGGUUGACAACGGUGACAAUGGUGACAAUAGUGACAACGGUGACAACCGUAACAACGUUGACAACGUUGACAAGAAUGACAACAGUGACAAAAGAUAAGAACAGUGACAACGGUGACAACGGUGACAACGGUGACAACGAAGACAAUAAUUACAAUAGUGACAACGGUAACAACGGUGACAACUGUCACAACACUGACAACGCUGACAACAGUGACAACGGUGACAACGGUGACAACGGUAAAACUGUCCUAUAGUGACAACAAUGACAACCGUGACAAGGGUGACAUGGGUGACAACCGUGAGAACAGUGACAACGGUGACAACAGUGACAACGGUGACAACGGGGACAACAGUGACCGCGGUGACAACGAUGACAACAUUGACAACGGUGACAACGGUAAAAACAGUAACAACCGUCACAAUGGUGACACCCGUCCUUUAGUGACAACGACGACAAGAGUGACAACGGUGACAACUGUGACAACUGUAAACACUGUGACAACCGUGACAACAGUGACAAAAAUGACAGAAGUGAUAAAGGUGACAACAGUGACAACGAUGCCAACUGUAACAACAGUGACAACGGUGACAACGUUGACAACGGUGACAACUGGAACAACAGUGGCAACCAUGACAACGGUCACAACGGUGACAACAGUGACAACAGUGACAACCGUGACAACGGUGACAACGGUGAAAACGGUAAAACCGUCCUAUACUGACAACAGUGACAACAGUGACAACCGUGAAAACCGUGACAACGGUGACAACAGUGACAACGGUGACAAUGGUGACAACAGUGACAACUGUGACAAUAGUGACAACAGGACAAUGGUGACAACAGUGAGGACGUUGACAACAGUGACAAUGGUAAAAAUAGCUAAAACAGUGACUAUGGUGACAAAUGUGAGAAUGAUGACAACGGUGAAAACGGGGACAACUGUGAGAACAGUGACAAGCGUGACAACCGUGGCAAGGGUGACAACAGUGACAACGGUGAGAGCUUUGAAAACAGUGAGAGCGAUGAGAACAGUGACAACGGUCUUAACAGUGACAACAGUGACAAUGGUGAAAACAGUGACAACUGUGACGAUGGUGACAACGGUGACAACAGUGAAGAGAGUUACAACGGAGACAACUGUCACAACACUGACAACGGUGACAACGGUGACAACUAUGACAACGGUGACAACAAUGAGAAUGAUGACAAUAGUGACACGAGUGACAACGGUGACAUAAGUGACAACACUGACAACGGUGACAACAGUGACAAUGGUAACAAUAAGCUAAACCAGUGAAAAUGGUGACAAAUAGGAGAAUGGUGACAAUGGUGACAACGGUGACAACAGUGACAAUGAUGAGAACAGUGACAACGGUGACAAAGGUGACAACAGUGACAAUGGUGACAACAGUGACAACGAUGACAACGGUGACAACAGUGAUUACAAUGACAACGUUGACAACUGUGACAACGAUAAGAACAGUUACAACGGUGACCGGGUUGACAACGGUGACAAUCGUGACAAUAGUGACAACGGUGACAACUUUGAAAACAGUGAGAACGAUGAGAACAGUGACAAUGGUGUGAACAGUGACAACAGUGACUUUGGUGAAAACGGAGAAAACUGUGAGAAUGGUGACAACCGUGACAACUGUGACAACGAUAAGAACAGUUACAAUGGUAACAAGGUUGACAACGGUGACAAUAGUAACAACGGUGACAAUGGUGACAACGGUGAAAACAGUGACUUGGUUAACAACAGUGACAACGAUGAGAACAGUGACAAUGGUCAAAACGGUGACAACGGUAACAACUGUCUCAACACUGACAACGAUGACAACAGUGACAACGGUGACAUCGACGACAACAGUGACAACGGUAACAACGUUGACAACGGUGACAACUGUGACAACAGUGGCAACCGUGACAACGGUGACAACGGUGACAACGGUGACAACAGUGACAACGGUGACAACAGUGAGAACAGUGACAACGGUAAAACUAUCCUAUAGUGACAAAAAUGACAACAGUGACAACGUGACAAUGGUGACAACCGUGACAAUUGUGACAACGGUGACAACAGUGACAACAGUGACAAUCGUGACAACAAUGGCAACGGUAACAACGUUGACUACGGUGACAACUGUGACAACAGUGGCAACCGUGACAACGGUGACAACGGUGACAACGGUGACAACGGUGACAACGGUGACAACUGUGACAACAGGGACAACGAUGACACCAGUGACAACUCUGAGAACAGUGACAACCGUGACAACGGUGACAACAGUGACAAGGUUAACAACAGUGACAACGAUGAGAACAGUGACAAUGGUCACAACGGUGACAACGGUGACAACUGUCUCAACACUGAAAACGAUAACAACAGUGACAACGGUAACAACGUUGACAACGGAAACUGUGACAACUGUGACAACAGUGACAACCGUGGCAACGUUGACAACGGUGACAACGGUGACAACGGUGACAACAGUGACAACGGUGACAACUGUGACAACAGUGACAACAGCAACAACGGUGAGAACAGUGACAACGGUAAAACUAUCCUAUAGUGACAAAAAUGACAACAGUGACAACCGUGACAACCGUGACAAGGGUGACAACGGUGAGAACAGUGACAAUGUGACAAUGGUGACAACAGCGAAAACUGUGACAACGGUGACAACAGUGACAACAGUGACAACAUUGACAACGGUGACAACAGUGACGACGGUGACAACAGUGACAAUGGUAACAAUAGCUAAAACAUUGACAAUCGUGACAAAUGUGAGAAUGCUGACAACGGUGGCAACGGUGACAACGAUGAAAACGGUGACAACAAUGACAACGGUGACAACAGGGACAAUGGUGACAACUGUGAGAAAAGUGACAACCGCGACAACGGUGACAACGGUGACAACAGUGAGAACGGUGACACUGGUGACAACAAUGACAACGAUGACAACUGUGACAACAGUAACAACGGUGACAGCGAUGACAACAGUGACAAGAGUGACAACGGUGACAAUGAUGACACAGUAACAACGGUGACAACAGUGACAACGAUGACAACGAUGACAACGAUAACCAUGAAAACGGUUACAACGGUGACAACGGUGACAAGAAUGACUAAGGUGACAGUGAUGAGAAAAGUGACAACGGUGACAACAGUGUUAACGGAGACAAUAAUGACAAUAGUAACAACGGUAACAAUGGUGACAACUGUGACAACGGCGACAACCGUUACAACACUGACAACGAUGACAACAGUGACAACUGUGAUAACGGUGACAACGAUGACAACAUUGACAACGGUGACAACAGUGACAACCGUCACAACGCUGAUAAUAGGGACUUUAAGAUAGGUCACUACGGUAGGCUGGGACGGUUGGAUGCGUAUACGGGCGGCCUGGGGCCAUGACGGUAAGAGGCCGCGAAAAUUUUCAAUUUAAGAUCGGACAACAAAACAGGACGGUGAAGUCAUGUGCUAAACCCGCUCGUCAUUUCUUUCGCAGAAGGCUCAAUUACUGAAGAAGAGUUUCUUAUUUUAUACGAAUAUAAAAUACCAAUCAGAGGAAUAAGGGUACAAAUUAAAGCUAGCUAGUUUUCAAAACUGUAGUCGAUGUUUUUAUUUUGAACUUUCCUUUCCUCAGCCAACACCUUUUGAGUUAUAAAGAAAUCUUUUCUUGGUAAAAAUACAGUUUUAAGUUGUAAAAAAGACGGCUACAGUCAUCACUGUUAGGCCCAGUUGAAACGUCGAACUUCUCAUGUGCCGAAACUUUUAAAGCACAAAUUACUAAAAUUUAUUUUCACUUGUUUAAAGCAUUCUAGACCAUUGAACAUCGUGAAUCGAGUUCGACUACACUUUAAGUUCGACGCCUGAAUCAACUUCGAACCAUUUGGGUCGACCUAAAUAGGUAUUAAGUUCGGUACAUGAAAAGACCAACGUUUGAACUGGGCCUUACCUUUCUUUUCGGCAAUUUUCCUCAGCCAUGGCGGACGACACUAGGUAGAAAACAAGCAGUCGCCAUGCGGCCGCGAGCUAAGUUAUGAAUGAACUCAGACAUUUUGCUUUUUUUUUCAUUUCACCGAUAGGUAAAUCAAUGAAAACACAAGCCAACGUAUAUUUAACCCAUUGGCUACUCAGUUUUAGAAGAAAAGUGACAAUAAGUAUGCAUGAACUCUUAUCGGUUUCACCGUUGUCUUCACGACGAGAAACCCGGCGAAAACAUACCGUCCCAGAAGGACGACGGUAAAAGGUCACGCGUGUUUUGCGUGACGUGACAUCUAUCUAACCGUCCCAGGCGACCGUAGUCACCUAUCUUAAAGUCCCUAACGAUGACAACGGGGACAACGGGGAAAACGGUGACAACAAUGACAACGGUGACAUGUGUGACAACCGCGACAACGGUGAAAACGAUGACAACAGAGAACGGUGACACUUUUGACAACAAUGACAACGGUGACAAUUGUGACAACGAUGAAAAGAGUGACAACGGUAACAACAGUGACAACGGUGACAAUAGGGACAAUAGUGACAACGGUGACAAUGGUGACAACGGUGACAACAGUGACAACGGUGACAACGGUGACAACGGUGACAACCUUGACAACUGUCCUUUUGUGACAACGAUGAUAACAGUGACAACGGUAAUUAGUCUAACAACUGUGAACACAGUGACAACCGUGACAACGGUGAAAACGGUUACAACGGUGACAAGAAUGACAAACGUGACAGUGAUGAGAACAGUGCGAACGGUGACAACAGUGACAACGGAGACAAUAAUGACAAUAGUAACAACGGUAACAAUGGUGACAACUGUGACAACGGUGAAAACUGUUACAACACUGACAACGAUGACAACAGUGACAACUGUGAUAACAGUGACAACGAUGACAACAGUGACAACUGUGAUAACAGUGACAACGAUGACAACAGUGACAACGGUGACAACAGUGACAACGGUGACAAGGGUGAGAACAGUGACAACGGUGACAACUUUGACAACAGUGACAAUGAUGAGAACAGUGAGAACGGUGUCAAAAGUGACAACAGUGACAAUGGUGACAACAGUAACAACUCUGACAAUGGUGACAACGGUGACAACGGUGACAACAGUGACAACGGAGACAACUGUCAAAUCACUGACAACGAAGACAACAGUGACAACGGUGAAAACGAUGACAACGUUGAUAAGGUGAAAAAUGUGACAACAGUGACAACCAUGACAAUGGUGACAACGAUGACAACAGUGACAACAGUGACAACGGUAAGAACUUUACAACGGUGACAAGGUUGAUAACGGUGACAAUGGUGACAAUAGUGACAACGUUGACAAUGGUGACAACGGUGACAAUAGUGACAACGGUGACAACAGUGUCAAUGGUAACAAUAGCUAAAACAAUGACAAUGCUGACAAAUGUGACAACGGUGACAACGGUGACAACUGUGACAACAGUGACAAGCGUGAAAAGCGUGACAAGGGUGAGAACCGUGACCAGGGUGACAACAGUGACAACGUUGACAACGAUGACAACAGUUACAACGGUGACAAUUUUGACAACAGUGACAACGAUGAGAACAGUGACAACGGUGAACGUUGACAACAGUGAGAAUGGUGACAACAGUGACAAAUGUGCGAGAAUGGUGACAAUGGUGACAACAGUGACAACCGUGAGAAUCGUGACAAGGGUGACAACAGUAUCAACGGUGACAAGGGCCACAACAGUGACAACGGUGACAACUGUGACAACAGUGAGAAUGAUGAGAAUAGUGACAACGGUGUCAACAGUGACAACAGUGACAAUGGUGACAACAGUGACAACUCUGACAAUGGUGACAACGGUGACAAGAGUGACAACGGUGAGAACGGAGACAACUGUCAAAACACUGACAAGGAUGACAACAGUGACAACGGUGACAAAGAUAACAACGGUGAUAAGGUGAAAACUGUGAGAACAGUGACAACCAUGACAAUGGUGACAACGAUGACAACAGUGACAACAGUGACAACGAUAAGAACAGUUACAACGGUGACAAGGUUGACAAGGAUGACAAUUGUGACAAUAGUGACAAUGGGGACAAUGGUGAUAACGGUGUCAACAGUGACAACGGUGACAACAGUGACAACGGUGACAAACAGUGACAAUGGUAACAAUAGCUAAAACAGUGACAAUGGUGACAAAUGUGAGAAUAGUGACAACGGUGACGACGGUGACAACUGUGACGACAGUGACAAGCGUGAGAACCGUGACAAGGGUGACCACAGUGACAAUGGUGACAACGGUGACAACAGUGACAACGGUGACAACUUUGACAACAGUGAGAACGAUGAGAACAGUGACAGCGGGGUGAACAGUGACGACAGUGACAAUGGUGUCUACAGUUACAACUGUGACAAUGCAGUGGUGACAACGGUGACAACAGUGACAACAGUGAGAACGGAGACAACUGUCACAACACUGACAACAAUGACAACAGUGACAACGGUGACAACGGUGAGAAGGUGGCAACUGUGACAACAGUGACAACCAUGACAACGGUGGCAACAGUGACAACGGUGACAACGAAGACAAUAGUGACGAGGGUGACAUCGGUGACAACUGUGACAUUAGUGACAACAGCGACGACUGUGACAACAGUGAGAAUGGUAACAAUAGCUAAAACAGUGACAAUGGCGACAAAUGUGAGAAUGGUGACAAUGGUGACAACGGUCACAACUCUGACAACCGUUACAACCGUGACAAGGGUGACAAGAGUGACAACGGUCACAACGGUCACAACAGUGACAACGGUUACAACUGUGCAACAGUGACAAUGAUGAGAACAGUGACAACGGUGUCAACAGUGACAACAGUGACAAUGGUGACAACAGUGACAACUGUGACAAUGGUGACAACGGUGGCAAAAGUGACAACGGUGACAACGGAGAAAACUGUAAAAACACUGACAACGAUGACAACAGUGACAAUGGUGACAACGAUGACAACGGUGACAAGGUGACAACUGUGAUAACAGUGACAAACAUGACAACGGUGACAACGAUGACAACAGUGACAACAGUGACAACAAUGACAACGUUGACAACUGUGACAACAGUGACAACGAUAAGAACAGUUACAACAGUGACAAGGUUGACAACGGUAACAAUGGUGACUAUAGGGACAAUGGUGACAAUGGUGACAACGGUGACAAUAGUGACAACGGUGACAACAAUGACAACGGUGACAACCUCCUAUUGUGACAACGAUGAGAACAGUGACAAUGGUGACAACUGUGAAAACAGUGACAACCGUCACAAAAGAGACAACAGUGACAGAAGUGAUAAAAGUGACAACAGUAAAAACGGUGGCAAACGUGACAACAGUCGCAACAUAUACAACAGUUACAACGAUGACAACAGUGACAACGGUGUUAACUGUGACAACACUGACCACAGUUUCAACGAUGACAACAGUGAGAACAGUGACAACGGUGACAACAGUGACAACAGUGGCAACGGUGACUUUCGUUAUAACGGUGAAAACGGUGAGAAUGGUGACAACGGUGACAACGAUGACACAGUGACAACAGUGACAACGGUGACAAUAGUGACAAUAGUGACAACGGUGAUAUCGGUGACAACGGUGACAACUGUGUUAACGAUGAGAACAUUGACAACGGUGACAACGGUGAAAACAGUGAUAACGGUGACAACAGUGAUAACGGUGAUAGAAGUGAUAAAAGUGACAAGAGUGAAAACGGUGGCAAAUGUGACAACGGUAACAACAUUGCCAACAGUUACAACGAUGACAACAGUGACAAUGGUCUUAACAGUGACAACACUGACAACAGUGUCAACGAUGACAACAGUGAUAACAGUGACAACAGUGAAAACGGUGACAAGAGUGACAACGGUGAGAACGGUGACUUCUGUUAUAACGCUGACAACAGUGACAACAGUGACAACGGUGACAAUGGUGACAAAGGUGACAUCAGUGACAACGAGGACAACAGUGAAAACUGUAUCAAGAGUGACAACGGUGACAACGAGGACAAUGGUGACAAUAGUGACAACAGUGACAACACUGGCAACGGUGACAACGAUGACAACAUUACCAACAGUGACAAUAGCUAAAACAGUGACAAUGGUGACAACAGUAACAAAAGUGAAAACGGCGACAAAAGUAAUUAAGUGACAACGGUGACAACAGUGCAACAGUGACAACUAUGACAACCUUUACAACAGUGACAAUAGUGACAACGGUGACAAAAUGAUAACAGUGACAAGAGUUACCAAGGUGAAUAUGGUGAAAACAGUGACAACAGUGACAACAAUAACAACAGUGACAACAGUGACAAAAGUGUCAACGGUGACAACGGUGACAACAGCUACUAGAGUGAGAACAGUGACAACGAUGACAACAGUGACAACGGUGAUAAUGGUGACAACAGUAAGAAAGGUGACAACGGUGAGAUCGUUGACAACAGUGACAACAGUGAAAACGGUGACAACAGUCACAACAAUGACAGCAGUGACAACAGUAAAAAUAGUGAACGGUGACAAUGGUGACAACAGUGACAACGGUGACAAGAUUGACAACUAUGACAACAGUGUCGAGCGUGACAACAGGGACAACGGUAAAAAGGUGACAAGAAUAACAACAGUGGCAAUGGUGACAACGGUGACAACGGUGAAAACAAUGACAACAGUGACAAUACUGACAACAGCGACAACAGUGACAAUGGUGAAAACAGUGAGAAAGUUGACAACGGUGACCACAGUGACAACAGUGACAACGAUGACAACAGUGACAAAGGUGACAAAUAUGACAACGGUGACAACAGCGACAACGGUGACGAUGGUGACAACAGUAAAAAGGGUGACAACGGUGACAACGUUGACAACAGUGACAAAGGUGACAAUGGUGAUAACAGUGACAAAACGGUGACAACGGUGACAGUGACAACGCUGACAAUAGUGACAACAGUGACAACAGUGACAAAAGUGAGAACGACAAAAGUGACAACAGUGGCAACAGUGACAAUAGUGACAACAGUGACCAUUGUGACAAGAAGGACAACAGUGACAAUGGUGACAACGGUGACAACGGUGACAACGUUGACAAGAGUGACAACAGUGACAUUGGUGACAACAGUCACAACAGUGACAACAGUCACAACUAUGACAACAGUGAAAACAGUGAAAAGAGUGACAGCGGUGACAACGGUGACAACAGUGACAAAGGUGACAAUGGUGACAACAUUGACAACGGUGACAAGAGUGACAAUAGUGACAAAGGUAAAAAAGGUGACAAUAUUGACAACAGUGACAAUGGUGACAACGGUGACAACGGUGACAACAGUGACAACAGUGACAACAGUGACAAUGGCGACCACAGUGACUACGUUGACAACGGUGACAACGGUGAAAACAGUGACAAGAGUGACAACGGUUAAGACAGUGACAACGGUGACAACGGUGACAACGGUGACAACGGUGACGACUGUGACAACGGUGUCAACUGUGACAACAGAAACAAGCACACGCUUUUUCAAAAGCUAAAGUAUACUUUAUUAAUGACAAUACAAAAAGAACAAAUGUGCGUGCACCAUAGCCGGACACGUAAACCUCGAAAAACCAACUCUGGAAAAAAUAUGGGUACCGUGUAACCCCGACCAUUGCUAUGGUGCUGCCGUUGGGUUUCAAGGUUUUCUACUGUACAUAAAAAUAUGAGAAAAAAAUUAAACUUUAGCAACUUAAAAAGUACGUAUUUAAACUAGGAUAAAAGUCAAACAAAUCUAUGUUUUGGCACUGCAAAAUAUUAUAUAUACUGUUUAUUGAUAACAGAACCAAUUUGCAAAGCUAUGAUACCGUACCUUUUACUACAGAUACAUGUUGUGACUAAGUGAACUGGGCUGAUUGGGGAUCAAUUAAUGAGCUCUUCUUUCCUAGCUUUCACCUUCCAGGUCGGCAAGCAAGUGGGAAAAAAACUCGUAUUUCAAAAAUACUCAAUUUUCGUAAAAUUUCAGAUUAGGAAAAAAAUUACUCAGAACCUCUGAAAAUCUUCAUGCAUUAGAAGGUUAUUGCUGGUUAUGUUACAUGUUUAAUGAAAUCAGCAUCAGUAGCGUUAAUUCAGAAGAAUUUAGAAGUUCCAAGUUAUAUUCUAACGUCCGGUGAGCUGCACGUAGCCCAACUGUGAAAUUUUACUUUACAGUGAAACAAAAAGAAGGAAAUAAGAUUGCUAUUUAUAAAAUGGCUUUUCCCCUUUACAUCAUGGCUCCAAAAUGUGCUUUGUCACUAAUCGAACAUGAAGCUAUUAUGAUGAAAACAGACAUCAGUAUCCUACGUUUUUUUAUGAUCUCUUAGUACUCUUUAAGAAUUUCCUCUGCGAAAAAUUCAUGAAAAUUUUUGUUAUGGUCUUCCAUUUCCUUUUAUCCUAAAUAGUUAGGUGCACUGUCACAAAAUUUCAUUGGAAUGGUGACGCUAUUCCCACUUACAUAUACACUCUUAAUAGUUAGGGAUAAGUAACGAUAAUUCAUGAAUGCUUUGAAAAAGUUUAGUAUUGGCUGUAAAAUUAAUUGCUGGCUGACAUCUAUUCCCUCAUUCCUGAGUCGAGAAGAAUGCUACAUCUCAAGUGUAUAGCUCCAAUCUUACGGUCGUCAUAGAAACAAAUAAUAAACAUGGCAUAAGAGCUGAAAACGUGAUAACAGUGCUAAGCAAAGGCGUUUUUGAGUGAGGCACGUCAACCAGAAGUGGACUUUUUACAAUCGUCUCUACAAGUGUAAAGAAACUGAGCAAUACAAACUUUACAUUGAAAAGAAAUUCUUUUCCGGUUGACCGCUAUGGAAGUUGAAUGUCUCUUGCUAGUGAAAAUAGGCGCGAACUGAACUAUUCUCUUUAAACAUGAGCCACUCUGAAAUAAGGUUUUUCCUUGGGGUGUCGACCACACAAUCUUCGUCCAAAGCACUCUUUUUCUGGAAGCUGUUGAGAGGAAAACAGUUUGGGAAAGAUAGCAAAGUGUUUUUCAUUGUAAACUAUGAUCUCCCCAAAGUUUUUUUUGCUAGCUAUUGUCGUCGGGUACUUCGUAAUUGCAGUAUUAUAAGGAAGUAUGCAAUCAGUGCCUAUUUCCACUAAUACUUUGUUUUUGCCUGCAAUGAUGAAAUUAAGCAAAAUCCGGUCCAAUAGACUUUUGAAACCCAUUCUAAGAUGCGGCUUAAUUCAGUUCCCAGCUUUAAGCAAAGCACGGAUCUAGACGCGCUAAUUUAGAGAAAAGUGAAGUCCAAAUCACUAGUUUAACUGAAUACAUUAUCGAAGCUCCGCUUUCCAUUACUUCCUCCUUUGAAGGUUUUGGGUCAUUGCGAAUAUUCCUGUUAAAGAAGGACAUGGAUAAGUGUUAUGUUACUCACCAGGAGAAGACGCCAUAGCCACUUAUUAAACAACUUAUUAAGAACAUCUUCAUUGUCAUCUUCACUGUCGUCAUCAUCGUCAUCGUGGUCGUCAGCGUCGUCAUCAUCAUCAUCAUCAUCAUCAUCAUCCAGCGUCGUCAUCAUCAUCAUCAUCAUCAUCCUCAUGAUCAUCGUCAUCAUCACCAUCAUCGUCAUCAUCAUCAAUGUAACAAGCGUCAGUCGUCCAGU